GGCCGCGCAGCUACCCAAUCAACAAGCCCAGGAAGGCGAGGCGCCGCCGCGACUAGCCAAUGGCGUGCGGGGAGGGGGGGCAGCAGCAAGGACGGUUGUAGCAGCACGAGGCUGGAGUGAGGACCAGAAAGGACAAGCAGAUGGGGUGUGAAAGCACUAACUCUUGUUUAAAAACACGCAACUCAGUUACUAGCAAACUGGAUCAAAAUUCUGCUUCACUUGUAUAAGAGUUUCCCUGUCUUUGAAUGCAGCCAUGGAGAUGAUUGAGGAACAGUUUGGUAGUCUACACAUUGCAAAACGUUGUGCACUAACUGAAGACCCCACUUAUCUGCUGGAUAUAGAUAUUUCAAAACCUGUUCAGGCAGAAAGAAGUUGCUUAGUUGCUGUUUCAUGUUCCAACAAAUCAAUUAAAAUAUAUAACAGAGAAACAUUAAACUUGCUACGGGGGUACAGUGGCCAGCCUGGAACACUCAGUGGAGUCAGGUUUGCCCAUAUGAGUGACAGUAUAUUGUUUUCAGCAUGUGGUGAUGGUACAAUCAAAUGUUGGGAUGUUCGCUUAGCUACUCAAGAAGCUGCACAGUUAUUCAGGGGUUAUCCUUCAAAUGUUUUUAUCAGCUUUGAUAUUAAUUGCAAUGAUCUCAUAAUUUGUGCUGGUACAGAAAAAACUGAAGAGGAUGCAUUCAUGGUGUUUUGGGAUGCAAGAGGAAAUACAAACAAUGUAUGUGCAGCUAAAGAACCCUUGGGAAUCUAUUCCGAGACUCAUAAUGAUGAUAUAACAAAAAUUUGCUUCCAUCCUACCAAACCUAAUUUGUUGGUCUCUGGGUCAACUGAUGGAUUGGUUAAUGUAUUCGAUAUUAACAAGGACAAUGAAGAUGAUGCUUUGAUUUCAACUUGCAAUUCAGAUUCGUCAGUAAGUUCCGUUGGUUGGUCUGGAAAAGAUUAUAAACAGAUAUUUUGCUUAACAUAUGAUGAAGGAUUUUGUUGGUGGGAUCUUGCUCAAUUAGAUACUGAAGAGCCAAUCACAUUGUUGCAUAGUGUGGAUGUCAGGGAAGCGGUCCGCACUGAAAAUAGCAGCUUAAACUAUCUGAUAGGUGGCUUCUACCAUGAAAAGGCAGACAAACUGUUUAUUGUUGGAGGAAUGUUAAUGGGAAACAUUCACCUAAUAAGUUGUGGCAUUGAUGGACUGAACCUUGUGGGUAUCCUUCAUGGAGGGCACUCUGCAACAGUUCGCUCUUUCUACUGGAACAUGACAGAUAAUUCUUUGUUGACUGGCGGAGAGGAUGCACAGCUGUUGCUGUGGAAACCUGGAGCUGUGGAAAAGUCCCUUGCAAAGAGGUCAUCUAUGAAAAUUGCUUCCUCUGUUCAGAAACGAGUGAAAGUUCACAACAACACUCUCAAAGCCAAGAAAAAGUAAAAUUACAAAAACAAAUAUCUUGUCUUUGUAAAUAUGUUUUAUUCUAAGCAAUAUUUUGCAUAUUGACAUCUUUUUGAAUUUUAUUUGGUGAGUUAUAUGAAGAAUACCAUUGAAUAGGUAAAUUCUAUGCAGGAGCAAACCUUAGUCGUCAUAUUAAUAACUGCUUUAAAAGUUACUGACACUUGUCUAAAAUGAGUAAAUGUUUUCUGUCAACGCAUUGAACAAACUCUGUCUUAAAAAGUUUUAUAUUAGAUCAUGUUAUUAACAGUAUUGGCACAGACUUGAAUCAUCAUAAAAAACUGAUUUGCGUAAUUUAUGUUCCUGUUGCAAUGAAAUCUCUUAUCAGGUUUUAAAAGCUUUUGAAUUUCUAGUCAAAUCUUUUUACUUCCUCAGAGAAUGUAAUGAAUGAAAGUGUCAUUAAAGACCAUAGUGUUCCUUAAAGCGUAGAGAAAUUCCUGAUGGAGCAGACAAUGAGUAUUGUUUGACAUUAUUAUCUCACUGUAUAAUGUCAAAUGUAAAUAGCAGUAAACAUGCUGUUUUAAAAAAUAGCCCAAAUAUAGCCUAUUUCUUAGAUCACA